AUUUAUUUAUUUUUUUCUCCCUCGCUUUUGAGUCUCAUACAAAUUCUUGAGAGAUUGAAUCAAAUGGCAUAUGAACUUACGCCGGCAGUAGCGUGCAGAAGUUUAGAUUAGUGGUUUCAAGGUGGUCGAUCCAGCCAUAACUUUUGAUUGAAUCUGUCAAGUAUCGGUGAUUGGAACUAGAUCGCAGGUGAUCCACGACUGAGAGUUAUCAGUGUUUCUGUCAACUCUGUUCUGUUGCUGUUGAGGGCAUGUUGUCUCUUGAUUCAAUUCUCUGUGGGAUUACGAAUAAGAGGCUGUAAGCAGUACGCUAGUGUGUAGUGAAAAUAGGCGUCGAUGAUCAUGAUGUUUCACUUAGGGCUAUGUAUUCUUUGAAAAAAAAAAGAAGGUGUAAUUUCGUCUUCCACGGUCUUUUAAACGACGCAAAUUUCAUGGCCGUGCCUGUGAACUGCUGGCUUUGCACCGAUGGGAAUAGGCCAUUUAGUUGUUUCGCAUCCGGGGAUCUUUCUCUACGGACGAGUUUUUCGUUUUUUCGUUUUUUUUCUGCGCCCGUUUGCAUAGCUGCUGUUGUUGUGUUCACUCAGCCAACAAUCCAGAAGCUUUCCAUGAAAGCUAGCUGGCAAGUUCAGAUUCACAUUAAGGUUAUUUUAAAAUAGUCGUGCUAUCUAGAAUCUUCCGUGAGUUUUAGUUAUAUACUAAAGGGCAUGUUGAGUUGUCCCAGUCUUCCUUUAGUGCUGUAUGGGCUGCAGGUUUUCGCAGUCAAUGACAGGGUUUACUGCUUGACUUUCUCGUUAGAGGUUUUAGAUGAUUAAUUGCCAAACGAGGUUAGCAAGAACUGGAGGAAUUCUACUCUGUUUAUUCUAGAUUUUUUGCUAAAUUCCCUGCUCUGACACACCGAAGGGUGACGACGGAGAUGGAUAUUUGCAUCUUUUUAGUCAGAGAAAUUCCACGCAUCAAGUAGUUCCUCUCAAACUAGUAGUUGUUAUUGUUUGGAUUUGAAUAUUUGUCUUUGCAGCGCAAGGCAGCAGAGAUUUGAUUCUUUGAGAAAUAGGGAAACGGGAAGACAUUUAAGUGGAAGCUUAUAAAAUCCUUGACCUUCAUCAAUCAACCUGUGGCUUGCCGCUUUGUGUCGGUUAUUGUUCUGGAUUAUAAUUUAAUCAGAAAAAUUUCAAAUCCAACUUAGGAAUUUCGCCGAAACAAUCAAUUUCGAAUAAGCGAUUUCGGCAUUUAGCGCUGCUGAUUCUACAUUUGCUGCCGGCAUCCCCAUUCAGUGUCAAGAAACUUUACUCUAAUCCAAAGUGAUGGCGAGAGAGAUUGGAAGUCCAGAGAAUCAGGCAGAAUUUCUAAAAGAUCAAGGGAAUCAGUAUUUCAAGAAGGAAAAGCUUGGGGCUGCAAUCGAGGCCUAUACUCAGGCAAUAGAUUUAUGCCCAAAGGUUCCCGCAUUUUGGACGAAUCGAGCUCUAUGUUACAAGAAACGGAAUGAAUGGGGCAAAGUUGAAAGAGAUUGUCUAAAGGCAUUAGAGCUCGACAAUAGCUUAACCAAGGCACACUACAUGUUGGGUUUGGCCUUAUUCGAGCGAGAACAAUAUCAUGAUGCUACGAAGCAUCUUGAAAAGGCCUUGGAAUUGGGAAGGGGAGCCAGCGCGGGUAGCUACAUGGUUGAAGAAAUUUGGCAGGAACUCGCAAAAGCUCGAUACAUAGAGUGGCAGGCUGAAGCCAAAAUCAGGCAGCGUCAACAACGUGACUUGAAGGAUCAUUUGUAUACUCUUCUCAAGCAAGAUUAUGAAAACAAGCUAAAGAGUUUAAAAUUAGGAGCAUCAACCGAGCAGGCUCAGUUUGGCUACAGAAAAGAUCCGAGUGGAGUUAUUCACUUGACUGAUGAAGAGUUCACCGAUUUCGAAAGUGCCUACUAUCCAGUCGAGAAUUCGCAGACCGGUUCUGAGGAGCGCCGUAAGGCAGAAAUUUCCCAACUCAAUGAAGAUUUUCAGAAGCGUCUUCGAACGAUGGAGGAAGUCUUCGAUAAAGCUGGUGUUCCGGACAGGCCUGGUGAGAUACCUGAUUACCUGUGCUGUCAAAUUAGUAUGGAUAUUUUCAGAGAUCCUGUUAUCACACCAAGUGGUGUGACAUACGAGAAAGCUGUUCUUAUGGAACAUCUUCGAAAGGUUGGCAAGUUCGACCCACUUACAAGAGCACCGUUGUAUCCAGAUCAAGUAGCUCCAAAUCUAGCUAUCAAAGAAGCUGUUCAAACUUUCCUCUCCCAGAAUGGGUGGGCGUAUAAAACAUAAGAUCUACAAGCCAUCACUUUAUUUUGAAGGAGGCAUGACAUAGCUAGAGUUGCGUCGCGUGUGAGGUGAACAUGAUUGCGAAGCUUCAUGCUUAAUUAUUCCAAACAGGACCUUCGAAGCGGAGGCUGAGGUUGCAUUGUUUCCUGAUAUAUGUACAUAAUUUACUGUGUAGGUUGUAGUGAAAUGAAGGUAGUCUAGUGUCUCAGAUAUAGUAAGGUUAAUGUAGGAGGUGGGAUUUGUCCAAGGUGUAGUUUGAGAAUGUUGCUGUUUGCUCCUCUGAAUUGGGGCUACUUGAAACCAAUUUUGACCAGUGGUAGCCAGCACAAAUGAUUUGGUCAUCCAAGAAGUGAACAUUUGUAAAUGCCAUUAGUGAAGGUCAGCACGAUCGUUGACAAUCUCAUUUAAUCCUCA